GAAACUCAUAAUGAGUUAGUUUCUUUAAAUUCUGAUUUCAAUUAUCUUUUAAAAACAUAUAAAUCUCAAGAUAAUUUUGAGAAUAAUGAUAGUGAUAAUAAUAGUAAAUCUAAAAACAACUUAUCAAAUUUGUCAAAUAUUAGUAAUAAAGAUGAUUUGAUUUUUGAUACUAAUUCAAUACUAUCUUAA